UACAGCACAGCUAGCUACAUAGCGCGAGCUACGUUUCGUAACAAAAUUGUAGCUAGUCGCUUAGCUAACUUUUUUUUGUGUGUUUGUGUGUUUGUGUGUUUUCGUGUUUUCAUGGUCGUUAUUAUAAGCUUUAAACACUCAGUAAGUAGCCUGUUUUUGCUCUACGUUAGCUAUCUUAAAUCGUAUUCAAGUCCAAUAACUUUAUUGUGGAUAUAAAUCUUGCGUUAUAGGACGUGCCUCGUUAUAAUUAUGUAAAUGUAUGCAUGAUACACGCACACAUUAAUUAUGUAACAUUCUUUAGGUGCUGUACAAUAUAUGGUAUUUUAAAAAACGUAAUGGGUAUGCUUUUAAAAUGGACUGUUUUUAAACAAUCAGCCAAAAGGAUUUAUAUUGGCAUCUUGUAUAUUAUGCAAAUGAGCAAAUUUGAAUAAAUGCGAUUUUCUUUUGCAUUUUUUGUAACUAGUUAAAUCCGCUUAUUGUUCUGUUUUCACUACAGUAAAGUUGGCGUGAUGAAGCGGAGUCUGAGUUACAACUCCAGAGUUGAUUAUUUUCCUGUGACAGUUUGUCCUGAAGUGUUUUAUUCUUCUUAUACCGCAGCAAUUUUCCAACAAUUACGACUUUCAUCAAAUUCAUAAAUGAGCGACUCGUCAUACCUUUUCAUCGGUACAUGUAUCACGUUCUGACCAAGAACACGACGGUGACCGAUCACAACCGGAACCUGCUCGUCGAGACCAUUCGCUCCAUCACGGAAAUCCUCAUUUGGGGCGAUCAGAAUGACAGCUCGGUCUUCGACUUCUUUUUGGAGAAGAACAUGUUUGCGUUUUUCCUCAACAUCCUGCGGCAGAAGUCGGGCCGGUACGUCUGCGUGCAGCUCCUGCAGACGCUCAACAUCCUGUUCGAGAACAUAAGUCACGAGACGUCUCUCUACUACUUGCUGUCGAAUAACCACGUCAACUCCAUCAUCGUGCAUAAGUUUGACUUCUCCGAUGAGGAGAUCAUGGCCUACUACAUCUCCUUUCUGAAGACGCUGUCGCUGAAACUCAACAACCACACCGUGCAUUUCUUUUACAACGAGCACACUAAUGAUUUUGCCCUGUACACGGAGGCCAUUAAGUUUUUCAACCAUCCAGAGAGCAUGGUCAGGAUCGCAGUCAGGACUAUCACUCUCAAUGUGUAUAAAGUGGAUAACCAGCACAUGCUGCACUACAUCCGGGACAAAACAGCCGUGCCCUACUUCUCCAACCUGGUGUGGUUCAUCGGCAGCCACGUCAUCGAGCUGGACAAGUGUGUGCAGACGGACGAAGAGCAUAAGAACAAAGGGAAGCUGAGUGACCUUGUGGCGGAGCACCUGGAUCAUCUGCACUACCUGAACGACAUCCUCAUCAUCAACUGCGAGUUCCUGAACGAUGUUCUGACUGAUCACCUGCUGAACCGCCUCUUCCUGCCGCUCUACGUCUACUCGCUGGUCAGCCAGGAGCAGAGUGAAGAUCGCAAGAUUAACCCUCAGGUGUCACUCUACCUGCUCUCCCAGGUGUUCCUUACCAUACACUACCGGCCCCUUGUGAAUGCUCUGGCAGACGUCAUACUGAACGGAGACCUGACUGUGUUUACAACCCAGACAGAGCAGAACACACACAAGAGCUCAUCCAACGCUGGAGUGCGCCGCUUCACCAAGCCGACGGAGAGUCUGGAGCGCUCGUUGGAGAUGAGCCGGCAUCGAGGCAGGAAGAAGACGCAGAAGAGGCCCAACUACAAGAACGUGGGGGAGGAGGACGAGGAGGAGAGAGGAGCCGAGGAAGGCCCGGACGAAGAGAAGGAGAAGGCUAAAGGUACAGAUGCUAGCUCAAAGGCCAGCAGGACGAGUGGGGACACGGAAGAGAUUGAGAUGGUGGUGAUGGAGAAGUGUAAGAUCUCAGACGUGUCCAUGCUGACUGAGCAGAACAUCACGGAUGAGGAGAAAACCGCCGCAGCCGCUGCAGGAACGGAGGGACAGAGGAGCAGGCCCUUCUUGGACAUGGUGUACAAUGCCCUAGACUGUGAGAAGGAGGACUACAAUGCCCUCUUUGUCCUCUGCCUCCUCUUCGCUAUGUCUCACAGCAAAGGUAUAAACCCAGAGUUGCUGGAGAAGAUCCAGCUGCCGGUUCCAGGUCAGGAGAGGAGCAGCUACAGUCAUGUUCUGGUGGAGAGACUGAUCAGAGUCAUGAACCAUGCUGCUUUGCCAGACGGGAGGGUGCGCUUGGCCACUCUGGAGCUGAGCUGUCUUCUCCUGAAGCAGUCGGUGCUGUCCGGCACUCGGUGCAUCGUCAAGGAUGUCCACCUGGCUUGUCUGGAGGGUGCAAGAGAAGAGAGUCUUCAUCUUCUACGGCGAUUUUACAAGGGAGAGGAGAUAUUUCUGGAUAUGUUUGAAGACGAGUACAGGAGCAUGACAAGCAAGCCUCUAAAUGUGGAGUAUCUCAUGAUGGAUGCGUCUAUACUCCUGCCUCCUACUGGAACGCCGUUGACUGGGAUUGACUUUGUGAAGCGGCUGCCAUGUGGAGACAUGGAGAAAACACGCAGAGCUAUCCGUGUGUUCUUCAUGUUGCGGGCUCUGUCCCUGCAGUUGCAAGCGGAACCGGAGACACAGCUGCCCCUGACACGCCCCGAAGACCUCAUCAAGACCGACGACGUCCUCGACCUCAAUAACAGUGACCUCAUCGCCUGCAUGGUGGUGAGUAAAGACGGUGUUCAGGCGCAGAGGUUCCUGGCUGUGGACGUCUAUCAGAUGAGUCUGGUGGAACCUGAGACCAAGCGCCUGGGCUGGGGGGUCGUCAAGUUCGCAGGUCUUCUGCAGGACAUGCAGGUGUCGGGGGUGGAGGAUGACAGCAGAGCCCUGAACAUCACCAUCCACAAACCAACAUCCAACCCUCACGCCAAGCCUGUACCCAUCCUGCAGGCCUCCUUCAUCUUCGCCGACCACAUCCGCUGCAUUAUCGCCAAGCAGCGACUCGCUAAAGGACGGAUCCAGGCCCGGAGGAUGAAGAUGCAGAGAAUAGCGGCUCUCCUCGACCUUCCCGUACAGCCUUCGUCUGAAGUGCUGGGCUUCGGCCAGUCCUCUUCCUCAUCCUCAUCCUCGUCCCAGCUGCCUUUCCGCUUUUACGACCAAUCUCGGCGAGGCCCAGCUUUCGCCUCCGUAGAUAAGGUUCCAGGUUUUGCGGUGGCCCAACAGCGCAAUUCCUCCCCGAGUUCCAGCUCCAGCAUCACAGCUCACUCUGACUCAGUCACCUCCAGCAGUGUGUCUACAUGCAGCACGUCAGCGCCGGCCGCACCCCUGGCACCGAGCCUGACCCCCACCGCCCAACCCACCAUCUCACUGCUGUCAGAAACCAACACUGACUCGCUCAGCGUCGACUCGCUCACCCUGCUGCCCCCAGCCGACCCGCCCUGCCUGCGCUACUUCACCCGGGAUGAGGCUGUGCCCGCUGACCCCGACAUCAACGUGACGCCCAACCUAGAGACCCCAGAGGACAGAAAGGACAUCCCAGCCCUCCCGGAACAACACGGGUGUUAUCCCAAUCCCGAUUCAGGAGAGAACAGGAAAGACGAUGGACCUCAUCCCGUUUCUGAACCAGCUAACAUUUUUGAACCUGAUGUAACCUCAAGGUCAAGAGAGAAGGCCGAGACUGAACUUCCUGCUCCAGACCCUGAGGAGAACCUGGAUCUGGAGCAGGAGACGGAGAUAGACUGAGACACUUUUUCUGUUCGUUUUUUCUUUUUCUUUUUUUUUUUUUUUGGUUGAAGAACCAGCUGAAACCUGAACUUUGCGUUCUGGUUUAUGUUUGUUCAUCACAGCGGUGGCUUUUGUCAUGUCCUGUGCCUCCUCUUCGUUUAAGAACAUUCUUGAAUGCAACAUUUUUUCUUGGGCAUAACAGUAGGGUUAUUGAUCGUGUCUUUCAAAGCACAUCUUUGUUUCUGGUCUGAGCACUAUUAUUUUUUUUUUGGUUUUGUUUUCUCUGCACUAUGGUGCUGCGUGCAUGACUGAGUUCUGAGUUAUGACUGCAUGAGCGAUUGAGUGGGAUUAUUCAAGAUGCGCGCGUGUGUGUGUGUGUGUUGUGUGAUUGAUUGUGUGACUGAGAAGGAGGAAGACGCAGAGGCGGGUGGGUUUGUUUUUAUAAAUAUGUGGGUGAGGGAAUACCCGCUUGGUUUUACCAGUCUUAACACUGAGGAAUGUACCAUGAGUUCUGGGUCUGUCCAGCGGUGCUCUCUCCUGGACGACUCUCUCGCUUUGACUGAACACAUUUGCACUUCAAGAGCAGCAGAUCGUUUUCUUUUUUCUUUUCUUUUUUUUUUCUUUUUUUUUUUUCUUUUUUUUUUGAGACUGGAAGUGAAAAUCCGGAUGUGAACACGCGUUCACACGGAGAACUGGAGAACUCAAACAAGCUCACCUGUACUGGUGCAUGCAACUGCAACAAAUCCCUCUCUAUCAAGAUGCUCAAAUCUGGUUUUACAUCAUCACACACUUCAAAUGUUUUAACAUACUCGAGUCUUACCACUCAGCUCGCAAUUUUUCUUCCCCCCCACAUACUUGAAUCAAGACGUGGGUUUUGGAAUUGAUCCAACCAGCUGUACGUGAUUCGGAGCAAGGAAAUAAAAAAAUUGGACAGACUUACCUAUUCCCGGGAUAAAACUCAAAAUGCAACCCGCUGAAUUUGCUAAAAAUGUCUUUGAUUAAAAGUGCAUCUGAAUUAAAAAAAAAAAAGGGAUUGGUUUGAUGAGAACAUUAAAAGGGUGCAGAUUUUAUAAACACGAGUUUAUGAUGUUUAUUAUUUUCCACCAUAUUCUGUCAUCUAUUAUUUAUCAUUCAUACCACAGAUUUACAUUUAAAGCUUCAGAAGGUUUCCCUUUCACAAAAUGCUUCCAAGUAGAACCCUUAUAGGAAGCUUUGAACCUUCAAAAACUGCACCAAGUACCACGAAGUUAAAUGAUAAACCCCUGACAGGUUAAAAUAAAUUCCGAAGGAAAAAAGAAAAGAGUUUGUGAUAAAACACAUACCAUGUUAAUACAAACACACACUGGGGGAAAAAAUGGUUCUUCAUGGUUCUUUACGGGUUCAUUGGAUAAUUAAAGGUUUUUAGCUUAUAAGAAAAGGUUCUAUGUGGAACAACCGGACAAGCCUUAAUGGUUGAAAUGUAUUUAACGAUCGUACACACGUAAAAACAAACAAACAAAUAAAUAAAUAAUUUGGUCAAUCAACUUAAAAGUCAUUUGAAGGUCAGGAAAGUUUCCUAGUUUUGCUUUGAUAAUCAUAUUUGGUGUUUUGGUUUCAUAUAUCGGUUAAUGUUUCACUACUUUGCCUCAUGCCUCAUGUUUGACUCCAAGGUCAUGAAUAUUAUUUAAGCAAUGCGCACAACAGACGUGUGAUUGGCUGAAGAGAGAAUUCAUCACAUAUACGCAUCUCCACAGCAGUAGAUGAACAAGACGUAAGCAACAGUGAAAAUUUUGAGAAAAAUCGCUGUUUUAGUUAACAAAUUAGUUUCGUUAUUUCUUUCGUAUCAAAUAUAAAGAUGUGUUAGUUUGCUUGUGUUCAUUGUAGAUUUGUGGUAUGAAUUAUAAUGGAUGGGAUAAACGUGGCUCAUGUUUUAUAAAAUACGCACUGUUUUACUCAAUGCAUCUGUAAAUUUAUUACUCCAGAUUCAACUCUCACAAUCACCUGUGUGUAUGGGGUAUUCUCUCUCUCUCUCUCUCUCUCUCUCUCUCUCUCUCUCACACACUCUCACACGCUCACAUUCUCUCUCGGUGUCUCUCUCUCACACCCCCCCCCUCACACUCUCUCUCUCUCUCUCACACACACUCUCCCCCCCCCCCCCCCUCACUCUCUCUAACGCUCUCUCUCACGCUCUUUCUCUCUCUCUCUCACUCUCUCUCUCACACACUCCCCCCCUCUCUCUCUCUCACUCUCUCACUCUCUCCCCCCUCUCUCACUCUCUCACAUUCUCUCUCGCUCUCUCUCUCACACACACACACCCCUCUCACUCUCUCUAACUCUCUCUCUUUCUCACUCACUCUCUCACAUUCUCUCUCACUUUCUCACAAUCUCUCACACACUCUCUCACAUUCUCUCUCACUUUCUCACACACUCUCACUCUCUCGCUCUCUCUCUCUCAAACUCUCUCUCUCUCACGCUCUCUUGCUCUCACUCUCUCUCUCUCUCACUCUCUCACUCUCAUGCCCUCUCUCACACUCUCUCACUCUCUCUCUCACAUAUUUUCUCGCUCUCUUGCUCUCUCUCUCUCCCCAAUCACAGCAACAGUAGCCAAUCAUAGGCAUGUAUGUGGAUGGCGCGUUCGUCCUGAGGAGAGCUGGAUGGAGGCUGGGAAUUGGCAAAAUUGACCAAAUUAUGGGUGGAAAAAAUGAGGGGAGAAUUGACCAACUCGUGCGUUAUCAAAUCAUUUGUUGCAGUUAUUUUUUUUCUUUUCUUUUCUUGUAUCUGCAAUUACUCAACCUACAGUACCCUCCAGAAGAUGGUUUUAGAGAAUGUCGGAUUUUGUACAGCUGAGAUUAACAACUUGCUCUUUGCUACCUUUAAUGAGAAGUUUUCCUCGUUACGUUGCGGUGCGAUGAUGAUCACGUGAAUUCACGUUUGUUCUCGCACAUAAUCGGAUAAAGUGUUACUAAGUCUUUCAGCUUUGAUCUGCAAUAACAGUAAUUUUUUUAAAACAAACUAAUUUAUUUCGCUUUAAAGCUCUAUUCACUAGUUAAGAACAAAUAUUGACGUUUGGAUUUUUUUUUCCCACUUCUUAAAAAGCAGCACAUGGAAAAGGGGGUGAAAAUUUUCUGUUCCAUGUUUAGAUAUUUUCUCUCUGGAAAACUUGGCUUAUUUUGUAAUACUAAUUUUAAAACGGUAACCUUUAAAGCAAUACAGUAAAUCGUGUGCAGUAUUUUCACUGUAAUGUAAAUGUCAUGUCCAUAAUGAAGGAAAAAGAAAAAAAAACAACAAAGGAGUAUCACAUGACACGUUUGUAUGUUGUGUAAAUUGCAAUCGGCUUUUAAUCUCUUUCAGUUGCUUUACAGACAAAUAUAAUAAAGAUAUGCAAUAAAUUAUUCUACAUACAUACA